CCGUUUCACCAUCUGGCAACUCUGAGCAAAAGGCGUCAAAUCAUCGUCUCAUUUGACCCAACUUUCUGAACUAGCUUUUGCGUUUUUUUAAAUAGAUAAAAUUCCGAAGGAGCCCUCGCAAUGAGUACUAUUGGUACCGGAUACGACUUGUCGGCCUCGCAAUUCUCGCCGGAUGGCCGUGUUUUCCAGAUCGACUACGCCUCGAAGGCAGUGGAAAAGAGCGGCACCGUGAUCGGGAUCAGGGGCAAUGAUGCCGUGAUUCUGGCCGUGGAGAAGAUCAUUACCAGCAAACUGUACGAACCGGAUGCCGGCGGACGCAUUUUUACCAUCGAAAAGAACAUCGGUAUGGCAGUAGCCGGUCUGGUGGCAGAUGGAAACUAUGUGGCAGACAUCGCCCGCCAAGAGGCAGCUAACUACCGGCAGCAAUUUGAGCAGGCUAUCCCGCUGAAGCACCUAUGCGACCGCGUCGCCGGAUACGUGCACGCCUAUACUCUUUACAGCGCCGUCCGCCCCUUUGGAUUGUCCAUUAUCUUCGCCUCCUGGGACGAGGUUGAGGGUCCGCAGCUCUACAAGAUCGAGCCAUCUGGCUCCUCCUUCGGCUACUUUGCCUGUGCCAGCGGUAAGGCCAAGCAACUGGCCAAGACUGAGAUGGAGAAGCUCAAGCCAGACAUGAAGAUCGACGAUCUAGUGAAGAGCGCCGGAGAAAUCAUCUACAAGGUCCAUGAUGAGUUAAAAGACAAGGACUUCCUCUUCGAAAUGGGUCUGGUUGGCAGGGUUACAAAUGGACUGCAUCUCAUCAAUCCCCCAGAACUGACGAAGAAGGCGCGGAAUGCAGGAGAUGCUGCCAACAAGGAGGAUGACAGCGACAAUGAGACGCAAUAGUUUGUGGCAGUGAAUCUAAUUCUGGGCCUAUAUAUAUAACAUUAAUUUUAUAUUUCCCUAAAGCGCAAAAUGAAUAAACAAAAUCGGGUUAAA